CCUUCCCCUGUAAACCCAUGUUGCAAAUCUUUCAUUUGCAUACUGAAAUGUGAUUGGUUCCAACAUUUUAUGACGCAACAUAACGAACUUCAAAUGUAGUCCAGUUUAUUUCUAAAACCUUAUGAUAAAGAUAAGAAUAACGAACGACAAAUAUCAUGUUUUUUUGUUUCCGUACUGUAAAACUAAGAGCUGAACCAGUGUGUGUAUGAUCAUAAUAGGACUCGAUGCAGUCCCAUACACACUUGUUGCUAUCUUUAUGGCUAAUGACGCGCAUCUAUUUUAAAAAGAGAGCGUGAGGAUCGACAUGUCAGCUGUUCAGCAUUAGGCUUUAGUGUAGCUGAAGAAAAAAGAGAGAGAAAACACUUUCUGCUGUCUGGUCGCUCGGGGAACGAGGGAGCGUGAACAGGACGGCGUGGGGAAUCUGAGCAAACUUUUUUGUCCAUCUUUAGGGAUUUGUGCGAAACCUUCGGCUAACGGUGCAGCAGGAGAGGAAAUGGUGACACGGGUGGAAACGGACGUGAGCUUUUGAGUGAAUAAACAGCUUCACCAUGGCGACUUUGAACAAGAUUCAGGUGAUCAAAGGUCUUGAGGAUGUGACACUGUGUGAAAAAGAAGCCUGGACCUUCGAGGUGAUUCUGAGUCACGCUUAUGUCCAAGGCACGUGGACGAGGAACGGGCUGCGGUUCAAAUCGAAGCCCACAUGUCGCAUGGCGAUGCAGGGGAAGAGACACACUCUCACUCUGACACGUGUCUCGCUAUUAGACAUGGGCCUGAUCAGCUUUCAGGCUGAUGGAGCAGAGACCUCCGCUAAUCUCACCGUCACAGCCAGAGACAUACAGAUUCUAACCCAUCUUCAGGAUGUCAGCGUGACUGAAAGGGAGAGUGUGACGUUUGUGUGUGAAGUGAACCUCGAGGACGUGGAUGGAAAAUGGUUCAAAAAGAGCAGCAGGAUAAAAAGCGGGGACAAUGUUAGAAUUAGACAAGAUGGUAAAAUUCACACACUGACCUUCAAAGCCAUAAAGCCAGAAGAUGCCGGUGAAAUCACCUUCACUGCGGAGCGAGUCUCAUCAUCGGCCAUGCUAAGAGUCAAAGAGCUUCCGGUUCAGAUCGUGAAACCCCUGCGGGUGAAGAUUGCCAUGUACAGACACCGGGCCAUGCUGGAGUGCCAGGUCUCUCGCGCUAAUGCUGAGGUCACAUGGUACAAAUGUAACAGAGAAAUUACACCCAAUGGGAAGUACCGGUUUAUUAGUGACAGUCUUUACAGGCAACUGACCAUCGAAGAAGUAGGUUCGUCAGACGAGGACACCUUCAUCUGUGACGCUGGUGAUGACAAGACUUCUUGCCGACUGUUUGUAGAGGAGCAGGCUAUCAGCAUCGUCCGUGGACUGAGCUCGGUCGAAGUGAUGGAGCCUAAGGAGGCUCGUUUCAGAGUGGAGACAAACAUUAAAGCUGAACGAGCCCCUAAAUGGACUUUGAAUGGAGAGCUGCUAAGUCCUGGCCCUGAAGUGAGAAUUGAGAAGGAAGGAACGACACAUCGACUGACUUUCACCAACACCAACAGCAGCAUGUGUGGCACCAUCCAGUUCAGCUCGGGGAAAAGCAGGUCAACUGCCCAGCUUACUGUUACAGAGCGCCCCUUGGUGGUCACCCAGCCUAUUUCUGAUGUGGAGGUUAAAGAGAACUGCUCAGUGGCUCUCAAAUGUGAGUUCUGUCCUUCACCAAGAGUAGUGCGCUGGUUCAAGGGUAGAACACCAUUAUUGGCCUCAAGCAAAUAUAACAUGAGGCAGGAGAAGAACAGAGUCGAGAUGAUCAUCAUGAACGCGAAGGCUGUAGAUACAGGGGAAUAUCGCUGCCUGGCUGGAGGAGCUGAGAGCAGAGCUCGAGUCAAUGUAGAAGUGAAACGGCUGAAGAUCACAAGACAUCUGGAACAUGUAGAGGUUGAAGAAGAAGGAACAGCAGUGUUUUUCUGUGAGCUAAACCACGAGGCACCAGGCAUCCAGUGGCUUCUCAAUGAAAGGGUGAUUCAUGCCAGUCACAUAAACAAGAUCCAGAACUCAGGCAAAGUUUACACUCUGGUCCUGAAAAGGCUUGCACCACAGGAGAGCAGGGUGACUUUCAAGACCGUCAGCAUCAGCGAGUCCACCGUUCUCAGAGUCAAAGAAAGGCCAGCAGUGUUUCUUAGACCUCUGGAAGAUGUUGUGGCUGAAGAACGUGCCAAAGUUUGCUUACAGUGCGAAGUCUCCAAGCAAGCAGUAACCCCUGUAUGGAGCAAAGAUGGUACGGUCCUAAAUGCCAGUGAGAAACAUGAAAUACUUCAAUUGGGAAAGUUAUUAUCUCUGAUCAUUCACAAGCUCAGGAAAGAUGAUGCUGGGGAAUAUUCUUGUGAUGUUGGGACUAGCCAAACAAAAGCCAAGGUUGUUGUUCGUGAUCUGCACAUCACCAUUGUCAAGCGCUUGCGGACAAUUUCGGUUCUUGAGGGGGAGUACUGCAGUUUUGAAUGUAUUCUGUCACAUGACAUCAUCGACGAACCCUCAUGGACACUAAAUGGCCAGCUGAUCAUAAGCAAUGCCCGAAUCCAAAUUGCUAACCAGGGGAGCAAAUACACCAUGAACAUCCAAGAGGUUAUAAUUACCGAUGCUGGGGAAGUGGUCUUCACUAUUAAGGAUCUCAGUUGCAGGACCAUGCUGUUUGUCAGAGAAAAGCCUAUACGUGUGUUCAGAGACAUGCUAAAUGUUAAGGCGGUACCUGGAGAAGAUCCAGAGCUUAGCUGUGAGAUUACCAAACCGGGGGUGACCAUCAAGUGGUUGAAAAAUGGCCGGUCGAUCAGAUCUAAUUCUAAAUAUGAAAUGAUCCAAAAGGGCUUCUUGGUUACGCUAGUAAUCCAUAAUGCAACUGUGAAGGACUCUGGGGAGUACUGCUGUGAGGCUGAUGGAACCUCCACUAGGGCAAGGUUAGAGGUAAGAGAUUUCCAGCACACAUUUGCUACAGAGCUAAGAGAUGUAAAUGCAGAAGAAAAGACUAUGGUAGUGCUGGAAUGUGAGACCAAAAGACCUGCCACUAAGGUGAGCUGGUUAAAAGGCAUGGUUGUGCUUAUAUCAGGUCAGAAGUACCUGAUGAUGAAGAAAGGGGUCUUCCUCUCACUUACCAUUUUCAACCUUGACAAGAGUGACAGUGAUUUGUACACAUGUGAUGUUGGGACAAUGCAAAGCAGGGCCUUACUUACAGUACAAGGUCAGAAAGUACUUAUCUUGGAUGAACUGGAGGAUGUUGAAUGUCUGGAAGGGGACAGCGCCGUAUUCAAGUGUCGUAUCUGUCCAAGUGACUUCACCGAGGUCAAAUGGUAUCUCGAUGAGACUCUGCUCUAUACUAAUGAUCUAAAUGAGAUCCAAAUGAUACAUGGUGGCUACCACUCUCUUACCAUCAAACAGCUUGCACGCAAAGACACAGGAACGAUAUCUUUCGAAGCUGGAGACAAGAGAUCUUAUGCCUCACUGCUAGUAAGAGAAAGACGCCCAACGAUUAUCAAACCGUUAAAGGACAUCGAAGCUAUCGAGGGAGGAAGUUUAAAUCUGUCAUGCAAGGCCUCAAAACCAUGUCAUAUCCUGUGGUAUAAGGAUGGCUGCUUAAUGUGGAAUUCCUCCAGCUAUUUCAUGACUCGCUCUGGAAAUGAGGCCAGGUUGACCAUCCGAGAGGUUAAGGACACCGACGCAGGAGUGUAUGAAUGUAACGCAGGAUCUGUCAGUACCAAGGCUACAGUGACUGUUAAAGCUGUGCCUGCUGAAUUUACAAGGCAGCUUCAUAGUCAAGAAGCUGACGAAGGAAGUAGUGUGACACUGUUCUGUGAAUUCUCCGUACCCGGCGUUCGGUACUUGUGGCGUAAAGGAGCCGAGACUCUCAGGUCAGGAGAAAAAUACUUAACGAAGCAAAGAAAAAAUUAUCUUUCUCUUACAAUCCACAAUUUGAAACUUGAGGACUCAGGGACAUACACAUGCAUAUGCAGAAACCAGCGGUCCACGGCCACGGUGACGGUCCACGCUAUUCCCAUAACUUUCAUCAAAGAACUUAAAAAUCAAGAAUCAGAGGAGGACAUGGCCAUGACGUUACGCUGUGAGCUCUCCAAAGCUGGAGUACCAGUGGAGUGGAUGAGGAAUGAGGAAGUGCUCAGCCCAGGGCUGAAGUUUCAGAUGCGACAAAUAGUAUCGAUACAGGAACUGGUCAUUAGGAAUCCAGUGCCAGAGGACAGUGGAACCUACAGCUGUGUGUGUACUGGCCAAAGGACCGAAGCCAUAAUUACGAUAAAAGCACAACCUAUCACCUUCAAAAAGAAGCUUAAAUCUCAAGUGGUGGAAGAAGGAAACAGUGUCACUUUGCACUGUGAGGUAUCAAAACCUGGACUUCCUGUAGAAUGGAGGAGGGGCCAAGAGUUGCUCAAGUCUGGAGAAAAGUACCGGAUGAGACAAAGAAAUUGUCUGUUAGAGCUAAAGAUAUUCAACUUGAUAUGCGAGGACAGUGAGAUAUACAGCUGCUCAUGUGGAAAUGUCCAGACAUCAGCUAGAGUCACUGUUAGCAAGCGACCGGUCAGUUUCACAGAGAAGCUAACAAACUUGGUUGCUGAGGAGGGCAAGACUCUGACGUUGCACUGUGAACUGUCCAAACCUGGUGUUCCAGUGGAAUGGUGGAAUGGAGAAGAUCUUCUCCAACCUGGACAGAAGUAUCAGAUGAGAGAAAGGGAUGCGACACAUGAGCUUAUCAUCUGUGACACUGUGCCUGAAGACAGUGGAGUCUACAGGUGCAUAUGUGGAAACCAGAAGACCAAAGCAAUGAUAAAAAUCGUCGGUGUGGCUGCUACUUUCAAGCAUAAUUUAAAGAACCAAGAAGCUUUAGAAGGAGGAGAUGUUGUACUAAGGUGUGAGCUUUCUAAAGCUGGAGUACCUGUUGAAUGGUGGAAAGGUGAAGAACGCUUAGCACCAAGUGGGAGGUAUCAGAUCAGACAAGAAGGCAAGGUAGCCGAGAUGGAAAUCACAAAUGUACUUCUUAAUGAUGCCGGGAUAUACAGUUGUGAUGCGGGAAAUCACAAAAGCUCUGCAGAGGUGAAAAUCAAAGCUCUUCCAAUUACCUUCAAACAAGAGCUCCAGGAUCAGGUUUGUAAAGAAGGGGACAAAGCUGUGUUUGUCUGUGAACUAUCCAAACCUGGGGCUCCAGUAGAGUGGAGAAAAGGAAGAGUUCUUUUGAAACCAGGAGAGAAGUACAAGAUGAGGCUGGAAGGAAGGCUGACCAAACUGGAAAUAAACAACCUGGAGGAAGAUGAUUCCGGAAGCUAUAUCUGUAAAACAAAAGAUGCACAAUCAACAGCUGAACUGACUGUACAAGCACUUCCUGCUACCUUCAAAAAUGUUCUGAAGAACCAUGAAGCUCAAGAGGGAAGCAGCAUCAGUUUGCAGUGUGAACUUUCCAAAGCUGGCACACAUGUGGAGUGGUGGAAGGGAGCCGAAAUGUUAAGGACCGGGGAGAGGUAUCAGUUGAGAAAAAAGGGUGCGACAGCAGAACUGCUAAUAAGAAAAGCACAACCAGAAGAUAGUGGAGUGUACCGCUGUGUUUGUGGAGAACAGAGCACUGAGGCACAGAUCAAAGUCAAUGCUCUGCCAAUAAUGUUCAAGCAAGAACUAAAAAACCAAGAAGCUGAAGAAGGGAACAAUGUCACACUGCGUUGUGAACUCUCAAAGUCUGAAGCUCUGGUAGAGUGGUGGAGAGGAGAACAACUUCUCAAGCCUGGGGAGAAAUAUCAGAUGAGACAAAUGGCCACAAAAAUGGAGCUUGUCAUCAGAAAAGUUGUACCUGAAGAUAGCGGUGUCUAUACUUGUGUGUGUCCAGAUCAGAAAUCCAGUGCAUCAGUUAAAAUAAAAGCUAUACCAGUGAUUUUUAAACAGAACCUGAGAAACCAAGAAACAGUGGAAGGCAAGAACAUCACAUUACGUUGUGAACUUUCUAAAUCGGGAGCUCUAGUGAAAUGGUGGAAAGGUCAACGAGAGCUGGCUGGGGGUGAAAAAUACCACAUGAAGACUGAGGGAAAGACCGCUGAGCUGGUUAUUAAGAACGUUUCAUGUGAGGACGCUGGUGUAUACGGCUGCACGAUAGGAGAGCAAAAGACUACCUCAGAAAUAAAAGUUCGGGCUCAACCAGUCACAUUCAAACGAGAGCUCCAAAACGAAGUUUCCAAAGAAGGCGAAACUGCAGUGUUUAGUUGUGAGCUCUCAAAACCUGGAGCUCCGGUGGACUGGAGGAAAGGAAGAGUUAUUCUGAAAGCAGGAGAUAAAUAUGAGAUCAAGCAAGACGGAAAAAUGACCACACUUGUCAUACGUAAUGUUGAGGGAAGUGACGCUGGCUAUUAUUCAUGUAAAACUAAGGAUUCUGAGUCAACCGCUGAGCUUACUGUUCAGGUCCCACCCAUUAUUUUUAAAGUCAAACUAAAAAACCAAGAAGUUGAAGAGGAGAGCGAUGUACGCCUGCAUUGUGAGCUCUCCAAAGCUGGGCUUCCUGUUCAAUGGAAAAAAGGGAAGGAGGUGAUCAAGUCUGGGCUCAAAUAUCAAAUUAUACAGCGAGAUACUACAGUGGAGCUGAUCGUUAAGAAAGCGACGUCUGAAGAUAGUGGAGUGUAUAGUUGUAUUUGUGGAGAUCAGGAUACUAAAGCCAACAUCAAAGUUUUUGCCUCUCCGGUUACAUUCAGACAAAAUCUAAUGAACCAGGAGGCUCCAGAAGGAGGGAUCAUAGUCCUUCACUGUGAGAUCUCUAAACCUGGGGUACCUGUGCAGUGGUGGAAAGAUGAAGAGGAGCUUUGUAAUGGAUCAAAGUACAAGAUGAAGCAAGAUGGGUUAGUCGCCGAGUUACACAUCCGCAACGUGCUCCCUAUGGAUGUUGGGGAGUAUAGCUGUGUUGUCGGAGAUCAGAAGACUACAGCUGAAGUUAACGUCAGGGCUGCAGCCUCUGUGUUCUUUGAGAAAGAGCUACAGGACCAGGAGGUGAUGGAAGGAAACUCUGUGGUGUUCAGUUGCUUGCUGUCAAGUCCUAAUGCACCAGUGGCUUGGAAAAAAGACUCAUUGCAGAUCACACAAGGUGGCCGAUUUACUGUACACCAAAAGGGCUCGACACAGGAGCUUGAGAUCCGGAAACUCAGGUCUGAGGAUGCUGGUGUGUACACGUGUAGCACAAGGGGAAAGACAACAUCAGCACACCUUCGAGUGAUCGAUCGUGUGAGAAUUGUGCGAGAGCUACAGGACCUGACCAUCGUCGCAGGAGAAGAUGCCCAUUUUGUGUGUGAGCUUUCGCAUAGCGACAUUACCGACGGAGUGUGGUGGCUUGACUCCACCGUUCUGCAGGCAAACGAAAUGAACCAAAUGACAUGUCACGGCCGUGAGCAUCACCUGACGCUUACCAUGACAACACCUGAGGAGUCAGGUAUUGUGGCCUUUGUGGUAGGAGAAGAGUGGACUUCGGCUCGUCUACAGGUGAAAAGUAAACCCAAAGUAUUGAUAGAAGAAAAAGUGAAAGACCUGGUAGUCUUGGAGGGCGAAACUGCCACGUUAUCCUGUGUGACAUCAGCUGACUGCACACCCAUCACCUGGAAAAAAAACAAUGUGACACUUCUGGCAGGGGAAAAGUACGAACCCCGUAAAGAAGGGAAGCACAACAUGCUUUUAAUACACACAGUAGAAAAAGAUGAUACUGGGGUUUAUAUGUGCGACACAGGAGACAUGCAGAGUAUGGCUGUUCUCACCGUCAGAGAACGUCCACUAUUCUUUCGUGAGGAACUUCAAAGUCAGCAGGUGGAAGAGGGUGAAACCGCCUUUCUGCACUGUGAGCUCUCUAAGCCAGGGGUUGUGGUGCAAUGGAAGAAGGGAGGUACUUUGAUUAAACCAGGAAACAAGUAUCAAAUAAAGCAGGACGGCUGUGAAGCACAACUUCAGAUCUCCGAGCUGGUAGUUCAGGAUAGCGGUAUCUACAGAUGCUGUGUGGAUGGCAUCGAGACAAAAGCUAGUCUUAGUGUUAAAGACCAACCUCUGUUCUUUCGUGAGAAACUCCAAAGUAUGGAAGCCGAAGAGGGUGAAACCGCUUUCCUGUGCUGUGAACUCUCUAAGCCAGGAGUUCAAGCGCAGUGGAGGAAAGGAACCGUGCUGCUGAGGCCAGGAAUCAAAUACCAGAUGAAACAGAACAGUUGUGAGUUAGAGCUCCAGAUAAAUGACUUAAAAUGUGAAGACAGUGGAGUCUACAGAUGUCGUGUUGGUAGUCUAGAGACAACGGCGAAUAUCCUAGUAAAAGAACAACCAUUGUUCUUCUCUGAAGAGCUACAAAAUCAGCAGGUAGAGGAAGGUGAAACUGCCUUCUUGUGCUGUGAACUUUCUAAACCUGGGGUUUCGGUGCAGUGGAAGAAAGGAACUGUGCUGCUUAGACCCGGAGACAAGUAUGAAUUAAACCAAGACGGUUGUAAAUUGCAGCUUAAGAUUCAUGAUGUGAUAGGUCUGGACAGUGGAAAUUACAAAUGCUGUGCUGGUGGCUUGGUUACUACAGCGUCUGUUGCGGUAAAAGAACAACCCCUGUUUUUCCACGAGGAACUUCAAAAUUUGGAAUCAGUGGAGGGUGAGACCGCUUCCAUGUGCUGUAAAGUCUCGAAAUCUGGAGUUUCAGUGCAGUGGAGAAAAGGAGCUGUAGUAUUGAAGCCUGGAAAUAAGUAUGAAAUGAAACAGAAUGAUUGUGAAUUUCAGCUUAAAAUCCAUGACUUAACAAAUCACGACAGCGGCAUCUACAGAUGCUGUACAGGCGUCGUCGUGACUACGGCAUCCCUGGAAGUGAAAGAACAACCACCAUUUUUUCUCGAAGAACUCCAAAGUAUGCAAGCGAUAGAAGGAGAGACUGCGUCAUUGAUCUGUGAGCUCUCUAAACCUGGAGUUCCUGUGGUGUGGAAGAAAGGUGCGACCCGUCUGAGGCCGGGAGGUAAAUACGAGAUACGGCAAAAGGGCUGCAAGUUACAGCUUAAAGUACGUAACUUAACACAUCAAGACAGUGGUUUCUACAAGUGUUGUGCUGGAGACCUUGAAACCAUGGCAUCCCUUGAAGUGAAAGAAGUACCGGUAUUCUUUCAUGAGGAAUUACAAAAUUUGGAGUUGGAAGAAGGUGGGACUGCUUUGCUAUCUUGCAAGCUUUCCAAACCUGGGGUUGCAGUGCAGUGGAAGAAGGGAUCAGUCCUGCUUAGACCAUGCGAAAAGUAUAAGUUGACGGUGAACGUAUGUGACCUACAACUUCAAAUUCAUGAUCUGACAUGUGAGGACAGUGGCACUUAUAGAUGUUCUGCUGAAAACACAGAGACCACAGCAGUUGUUCUUGUAAAAGAACAACCACUCUUCUUCUACAAGGAGCUCAAAAAUCAAGAAGCAGAAGAAGGUGAAACCAGCUCGUUGUGCUGUGAGCUCUCAAAACCCAGGGCUUCUGUGCAGUGGAAAAGGGAUUCUAUGCUUCUGAAGACUGGAGAAAAGUAUGAAAUAAAGCAGGAUGGAUGCAAACUGCAGCUUAAGAUUCAUGAUCUAAACAGUUCUGAUUGUGGCUCCUACAAAUGUUGUGCUGGUAGUCUGGUCACGACAGCAUGUCUUUUAGUGAAAGAAAAACCUUUGUUCUUCUGCAAGGAGCUUCAAAAUCUGGAGGUAGAAGAAGGUAAAACCGCCUUGUUGUGCUGUGAGCUUUCAAAACCGGGAAUUUCUGUGGUGUGGAAGAAAGGAGUUCUUCUUCUGAAACCUGGAGAGAAGUAUGGAAUGAAGCAAGAUGGAUGCGAACUGCAGCUUAUGAUCCAUGAUCUGAGGAGUUCUGAUAGUGACUCCUACAAAUGUUGUGCUGGUAGUCUGGUUACUACAGCGUCUAUCGUGGUGAAAGAAAAACCAUUGUUCUUCUGCAAGGAGCUUCAAAAUCUGGAGGUAGAAGAAGGUAAAACUGCCUUUUUCUGCUGUGAGCUUUCAAAACCUGGAAUUUCUGUUGUGUGGAAGAAAGGAGUUCUUCUUCUGAAGCCUGGAGAGAAGUAUGAAAUGAAGCAGGAUGGAUGCAAACUGCAGCUUAAGAUUCAUGAUCUAAAGAGUUCUGAUAGUGGUGCCUACAAAUGUUGUGCUGGUAGUCUGGUCACCACAGCAUCGAUUGCGGUGAAAGAAAAACCCUUGCUUUUCUGUAAGGAACUUCAGAAACUGGAGGUAGAAGAGGGUACAAUCGCCUUACUGUGCUGUGAGCUCACAAAGCCUGGGGUUGCAGUGCAAUGGAAGAAAGGAGCGAUUCCUCUGAAGCCUGGAGAGAAGUAUGAGAUGAAGCAAAAUGGAUGUGAACUUCAGCUAUAUAUCCAUGAUCUCAGGCAAUCUGACAGUGGCUUCUAUAAAUGCUGCGCUGGUAGCAUGGUCAGUACCGCAUCCAUCGUAGUGAAAGAAAAACCUUUAUUCUUUUGCAAGGAGCUAAAAGAUCUGGAUGUAGAAGAGGGUACAAUUGCCUUACUGUGCUGUGAGCUCACAAAACCUGGAGUUGCAGUGCAAUGGAAGAAAGGAGCGAUUCCUCUGAAGCCUGGAGAGAAGUAUGAGAUGAAGCAAAAUGGAUGUGAACUGCAACUUAGGAUUGACGAUCUAAGAUCUUCUGAUAAUGGCUCCUACAAAUGUUGUGCUGGCACAACGAGCACGACCGCAUCGAUUGUUGUAAAAGAAAAACCUUUGUUCUUCUGCAAGGAUCUCCAAAAUCUGGAGGUCGAAGAAGGUAAAACUGCCCUGUUGUGCUGUGAGCUUUCAAAACCGGGAAUUUCUGUGGUGUGGAAGAAAGGAGUUCUUCUUCUGAAACCUGGAGAGAAGUAUGGAAUGAAGCAAGAUGGUUGCAAACUGCAGCUUAUGAUCCAUGAUCUGAGGAGUUCUGAUAGCGACUCCUACAAAUGUUGUGCUGGUAGUCUGGUUACUACAGCGUCUAUCGUGGUGAAAGAAAAACCUUUGUUCUUCUGCAAGGAGCUUCAAAAUCUGGAGGUAGAAGAAGGUAAAACUGCCGAACUGUACUGUGAGCUCUCUAAACCUGGAAUCUCUGUGCAAUGGUACACGGAAACGAUGCUGCUUAGACCGGGAAGUAAGUACGAAAUUAAGCAAGAUGGCUAUAAACAUCAUCUUAAGAUAUAUGGCUUGGAGAAUCAAGACACUGGGAGCUACAAAUGUUGUGCUGGUGGUUUAGUUACAACGGCGUCUAUCACGGUCAAAGAACAUCCAGUAUUUUUCUCUAAGGAGCUUGAAAGUCAAGAAGUAGAAGAAGGCAGUAAUGUGAUCCUGUGCUGUGAGCUCUCUAAACCUGGAGCUACAGUGCAAUGGAAGAAGGACACGGUUCUGCUACACCCUGGAAAUAAAUAUGAGAUGAAGCAAAAUGGCUGUGAAGUACAGCUUAACGUUUAUAACUUAAACACUGAAGAUUGUGGUGUUUACAAGUGCUGUGCUAGUAAAGUGGAGACAGCUGCUACCGUUGGUGUAAAAGGUUCAGCAUUUCCAGCCAAACUCAAGGACAUCCCUCGGGUACCUCCACGCACGAAAGGCAAGAGAUCCCAGCAAAGUCCUCUGCUAUACAGACAAAGCAAUACGGUCGAUCAAUGCCAGGAUGAUCUUUUAGACCAUAGUGAAAAGAGAACAGAGGAGCAAGUCUCUGAGAAAACAUUAAUGGAGGAAAGGGUGAAAGAAAACGAAAGAUUCUCCGUGAAGGACGAGGUGAUGGUGGAUAUAAAAAAAUCCACUUUUUCCCCUGACAGUUGUGUUACUGCAAUGCAGAGAAAAAGUGCAGAGAAGAUUGAAGUUCCAACUACCGUUAGCAAGCAAAAUCGAGAUAAUAUGAAACACGUACCUGUGUCCAGCGAUACCGAUGAACGGAAGAGUGAGACUCGAGGCAAGGUUGUGCAACUAGCAACACCUCUCCACAAGGAAAAGCUCACCCAGCCACAGAUUGUUCUUCAAGCACAAGACGUUCUGGAGCCAAAGACACGGGUUUCGGUCAUGGAGCUAUUUGAAGAACCAAACUUCAGAAUUUCCUCAGACACCGAGAGUCAGUCCCUGGAUUUCGGAGCUAAAAUAACCAAAGAGAAACAUACCGCAAAGGAAACAUCAGUAAGGGAAGAAAUAAAAGAAAAGAAACCACAUGUGCAUAGUGAAACAUCUGUAGAUCCCGAAAAGAUUGAAUCCUCGAGUGAAGUGAAGGAGCACCUUACAGAGAAAGCAUUAAGGCAUCAUAUUAUGGAUCAGGAAUACAAGAAGCAACAUGUCAGUGCAGGAAAAACGGCAGAACUUUCCAUUAAACCAGCACAUGUUGUAGACAUGGGUUUUACAGACCAGACAAAUGUGAAGCAAAGGGACGAAGCCCCAGAACAUUCAACACAUGGACCGGUAGCAGCCCAAACCAGGAGAGAGGGUCUGGUUGGUGGUGCUGUCAAACCUAAACCUUGGGAAAAGAUCACCAAAGCUUGUGAAGUUGCAGAGCUGACGAAGGACACAAAACCACUAGAACAGCAAAGGGACAAAGCCCCAGAACAUUCAACACAUGGACCGGUAGCAGCCCAAACCAAGAGAGAGGGUCCGGUUGGUGGUGCUGUCAAACCUAAACCUUGGGAAAAGAUCACCAAAGCUUGUGAAGUCGCAGAGCUGACGAAGGACACAAAACCACUAGACCAGCAUCAUCAAGAUCUCUCUGGUUUAGACAUACCUGUAAGUCAUGAGGAUGAGACAGAGAUGCUGGAUGCAGCUGUCAAGAUCCAAGCUGCUUUUAAGGGCUACAAGGCUCGAAAGGACAUGCGGCCUAAUUUCAAGGCAGUGUUCAAGACCCAGAAUGUGGAGCUGUCUAAUGCAUUUUGUUUGGAGUGUAUUGUCGAUGGUAAACCCAGCAUAGUACGGUGGCUGAAGGAUGGUGUCGAGAUACAAUCUGGGAAGCGCCACAACAUCAGCCACCAUGAUGAUGGUAGGUGCUUGCUGGUUGUAGCUAAUGCAAGUUACAAAGAUGCAGGGAUCUACACUUGUGAAGUUGCCAACAAGUUUGGAACUAUUAGUUACAAUGGGAACGUGACGGUCAGUCAUCCAAAGAAACCUAUUAAAAAAACGGCACAGAAAACAGCAGCAGAACCAACUCCAGGAAAAGAAGUUUGGCAGAUGUCUAAUAAGGAAGAGGACAAGCUUAAGCUCAUCUACGAUCUGCCUACAGAUAACACCUACAGAAAAAUUCAGGAGAAAAGGAAAAGUCUCAUUUCAGUUAGUCCUUCAUCCUGUCCCUCAGAUCAUGACAUCACUCCUGAUGUGGAUACAGGCAACUUAUCCAAAGAAAAAGAAGCGGAAAAGACAAAAUCCGAUAUGAAGCCGUCUAAAAUUUUCGAAGAGGAAAAAAAUAUCAGCCCUCAACCCCAAAAUAUCAGUGGCCUAAAAGUAAAAGAAGGAAAGCCGAUAAGUAAAACUCCAUCUCCUAAAUAUCCUCAAAGCCUCAAGGCCCUAUCCAAUGUGGAGUCACUCUCAGAGUCAGAUGAGGAUGAUGAAAGAGAGGAGACAUUUGAUAUCUAUGUGGUUAAAGUGGACUGUCACCCAAUCGGAGGCAAUAAAGAGACAUUUAUUCUUAAGGAAGGUCAGUUUGUGGAUGUCCUGGAUUCUGUGCAUCCUGUGAAAUGGCUCAUCCGGACUAAGCCAAGCAAAAACACUCCAUCCCGGCAAGGAUGGUUAUCCCCAGCGUACCUCGAGAAAAAGACAAAGGAACUACUUUCUAUGGUGCAAGAAACUGAAACAAAAGACGCUUCCAAAAAAGGAAGAAAAACGGCAUCUGAAGAAGCAUACGAAGCGACGUCAAGUCGGUUGAUCAAAAGUCUGCUCGAUGGAGAAAUCGAGUUUGUGAGAGAAAUGAAUUUCUUUGUGGAGCAUCAUUUACAUCAUGUAGAGACGAGCUCAAAGGUUCCUCUCACUAUCCAGAGCCAGAAAGAGUACAUAUUUUGCAACAUCAAGGACAUCGCAAGUUUCCAUGAAUGUUGUAUUUUACCAAAGCUAAGCCAGUGCACCACAGAUGACGACGUGGCUCAGUGUUUUGUAAAUCAUGCCCCAGACUUUGAGAUGUAUCUUCAGUACAUCGCAGGCCGGUCUCAAGCUCAGGCCUGCAUCUCAGACAAAAACACUCAACACUUCUUUAAGCAAUAUGCCGACACUGCUCUUGCACAUCUGGAUACUCAGGUCUUUAGUAUCAGCACAUAUUUGGAGAGUCCUUUGGAGAAGCUUCAAAUGUACAAAAGCCUGUUCAAGGAGUUGAUAAGGAACAAAGCAAAGAGUGGUCAGAGCUGUUGCCUUCUCGAGGAUGCCUUCUCCAUGGUGUCCAGCUUGCCUUGGCGUGCUGAGAACGUACAGCAUGUGUCACUGAUCGAAAACUAUCCGGCACCUCUUACAGGGCUCGGAGAACCGGUCCGACAGGGUUCCUUUGCUGUAUGGGAGGAAGCACCUGGGACUAAAGUUUCACUCAGAGGUCAUCGUCGCCAUGUCUUCCUUUUCAAAGAUUGUAUCGUCUUCUGCAAAACAAAAAGAGACCUGAGCACUCAGACCAUAUUGUAUGUCUUCAGAAACAAGAUGAAGCUGACUGAUGUCGAUUUGAAGGACACUGUCGAAGGGGAUGACCGAUCCUGGGGUAUCUGGCAUGAGCAUCGAGGUACAAUCAGAAAAGUCAGAAUUCAAGCUCAUUCCGUUCUCACCCGCUUGUCCUGGCUUAAAGAUCUUCGAGAUUUGCAGCAGCGCAACAAACAUCCAUGGAGUGGACCGUACUUCAAGCUGAUUCUUUCCGAUUCUGUAGUUAAACUUCGACAGACCACAAAACUCGUUUGCAAUGUCACAGGAAUCCCAAAACCUGUGGUUACUUGGUACAAAGAUGGCAUUGUUCUGAAGGACAACCAGCAUCGCAUUAUCUCAGAGGGAAACUCCGGGGCUUGCAGUUUGGUUCUGACUUGUGUGUCCGUGGACGAUUCUGGUCAGUAUCUGUGUUAUGCAGCAAACCCCAUGGGGAACGCCAGCACCCUGGCCAAGGUUUUUGUGGAUGUGCCUCCUAGUUUCACGAGCAGACUUCAGAACACUCCACUGGUCAUAGGGCAGGAUGUGAAGUUGCAGUGUAAAGCAGGAUGUAUUCCUGUACCCCCUGUCAGGUGGCUUAAGGACGGCACGCAGCUGGAGAAAAGCAAGAGAUACGAAAUUGACAGUGAUACACAGACUGGAAAUCUUUUACUGGUUAUAAAGAAAGCAGAAGAGAAAGAUGUUGGACAAUAUGAGUGUGAGAUAACGAAUCAGAUGGGCAGUGCUAAGUGCAAAGCGCAGGUGUACUACACACCACCCCCUGAGACAGACAGCACCAAAAACCAACCUCAAGACACCACAGCUCCAGUCCCAGAGCAGGAGACUAAAGAUCCAAUCCGAGCCAUCCUCAUAAGAAGAUUCAGGAGGUUGGUCCAGUGCUUUGGUGAAGAACCUCUUCCAGAUGUUCUUUCAGUCUGGAUCUUCCAACCAGAAAUUUCAAUACCAAUAAAAUCACUGCAUCAAAUAUUCUUCAGAUCUGCACAAAGUACCAGAGAGUCUCAGGAUACACCGAAGGUAAAUGAGGAACAAUCAGACAUCCCAGAGGAACAGUACGAGGAGACGCGAGUGUCAAGAGAAAUGGGCAAAAAUGACACAGAUCCUCCGAUGGUGCAGGUGGAUAUGGAAGAUCUGUGUGUACAACCUGGACAACCUGCAACUUUUUCUGUGGUUAUCACCGGGCAGCCAAUUCCAGAGAUUAGUUGGUUCAAGGAUGGCGUCGAGCUCGUCGCUGGUGAACACAUAGCGAUGAAGCAGAAUGGCGCGCGUUUCUCUCUAAAUUUACCGAACGUCUACUUUUCUGAUCGCGGCACUUACGCCUGUACAGCCAAGAACAGCUCGGGCUAUGUUUCCUGCCACGCAAACCUCACCUUGGAUACAGGUCCAGUGGAGUUUGAGGAAGAGGAGGAGGAGGAGGAGGAGAAAGAGGAGGACAGAGGGUUGAAGGUGGGCAGAAGGAGAAAACUCCAUGCUGUUUAUGAAGUCCAUGAGGAGAUUGGCAGAGGCACAUUUGGGGUGGUGAAGCGAGUUGUACACAGGGCUAGCGCUGAGUUUUUUGCUGCUAAGUUCAUCCCACUGAAGAGCAGCACUCGUAACCGAGCCAUUCAGGAGAGAGACCUACUGUCCCGGCUCACGCACCGCAGCGUCGCCUGCCUGCUCGACUUCUUCAGCACACGCCGUACGCUCGUCCUCAUCACCGAGAUCUGCUCCUCUCAGGGAUUAGUGGAGCACAUGUUAUUAAAAGGAUCCGUCAGUGAAAGAGAGGUCCAGGUUUACAUUCAGCAGAUACUGGAAGGGGUUGGAUAUAUCCACAGCAUGAACAUCUUGCAUCUCGACAUUAAAACAGACAACAUCCUGAUGGUGUCCCCAGAUGGAGAGGACUUAAAAAUCUGUGACUUUGGCUUCUGUCAGGAAAUCGACCCGUCCAGGCAUCAGUACAGCAUCUAUGGGACUCCUGAAUUCGUGGCACCGGAAAUCAUUCGCCAAGAGCCGGUGACGACGGCAACUGAUAUGUGGUCUGUUGGAGUUGUUGCUUUUUUAUGUCUGACUGGACACUGUCCAUUUUUGGGGGAAAAUGACCGUGCCACGCUGCUGAAAGUGGCUGAAGGGCUUCUGUACUGGAACCUCCCAGAGAUCACCAGCUUGAGUGAACAAGCCCAGGAUUUACUCCAUGGAGUUCUACAGCCAGACCCAAAGACGAGACCAUCAGCAUUGGAAUGCCUGGAUUACGAGUGGUUUCAGGGUCCAUGUGAAGAGAAGCAGUGUGACACGAUUGAUACGAAGAGUUUAAAGUCCUUCAUUUCUAGAAGAAAGUGGCAGCGCUCUCUAACAUGUCUUGGCUCAGUCCUGACCCUGAGGUCGAUCCCGGACCUGCUCGAUGCUCCAGCGUGUGAGGUCGCCAUCACUACCCUGAGAGACCCUCGAAAUACCAGCAGCAACUCCAUGAGCACUGGUUCCUCCUCUGAGUAUGAUGAAGCUGAUGGGUGGGGCUUUUUCCAGAACCCUAGCCAGGAGGAAGAUGAUGACCUAGAGGAAGAUGGUAUGGAAUAUUAUUCAUACGCCUAUCUUCCUAAACGAUCCUUGGCUCUGCGAGACGAGGAGGAUGUAAUGUUGGGUCAAGUGCGAGAACGGAGGGGUGCAUUGAUGAUUCCUAUAAACAAGGAAUCCAGAGAGAUGCCUUCAGCUUCUUCUGAGCUGAUUAACAGGGACAGAAAAGAAGAUGAUAAAGUGUCUAGUGCAACACCAAUCCCGCGUGGUAGCUUGAUCGAAAGCACCUUCUACAAUAGCGAUGAGCAGCUCUCACCCAUGUCUGCUCGCCACAUGAUGCUUCGGGAGAAACUCCAGGCCAGGAAACAAGACAGAGUACGCAGGACGCUACGCUCCAGCCUGUCUGGAAGGUUAAAUGAACCGCUUAUAGAGUAUGUCGAGGAUUCUCCAGAUGCGGAAUCUUGCCUCAGACAUAGGAGAGGGUCCACACUUUUGUCCAAGUCUUGUUCAUUGGACAGAGGGGUGAGAUCCAUCCAUCCAAGCUCCCACUCUCAUUGGAGGAGUAGGUCACUGGAUGAAUCAAGAGGAAUCUCAGGAGCUUCUAUAGAGCACAGGACACUGAGAAAUAAUGAAGAUCUAGAGUUCAGCCAUAAUAAUGAGUUCACAGAUGAGGAGAAAGAGGAAGCCUCAGAGGUUCCUGUGAAUAGGGUAUCACAAAGUCAAUUAGAAUCUCACAAGGUUACCAUGGAGGAGCUGCCAAUAAUCAUGGGGUGUCACGUAGAUGACAGCCAGUCACACCCUGGAGAGGAGGGGUCAGCAGCAAUGGGGGAAGAAGAAGAAAAGGUAGAAGGUUCUCUUGCAGAGUCCUAUGAACGUGACUCAGAUGCUUCAAGCAGAACCAGCACCUACACUGAACAGCAGUCUCCCAGCCACCUCUUAAUUUCACAGAGACAACAUAGAGCAUAUGAUGAAUCAGAGGAGCACUUGGUUGCACCAUCAUCAGGAAAAGCAUCAGAGCUGUCUCUCACUCAGGAUUCUGAGGAUGAGGACAUGGAGAGAGUUUUGAGGAACCUUCGCCAAGCACCACUGCAACAGCACCCACACAGCACAACAAUGAACAAAAACAAUGUUACAUUGAGGAGAAGUUCCUCGUCAGUUCCCACACACCCAACAUCAGCGACCUCUGUGAGCCGAGAGGUGCUUCAGAGGCAUUCAUCAGCUCCAGCACUGGAGCUCAACCCCCCCAGUGGGAAGUCCAAAUACGGACUCAUGAAAAUUUUCCGUAGGAAGUCCUGGACUCCAGGACCCUCUGAUUCCCAGACACAGGGAUCUGACAAGAAGGUGGAUAAUGGCUCAAGUCAACAGCAGAAGACCCCUCUCUUGGCCUUAAGGAAGAAAAUGAGGGCUUCAGCAUCCAGCAUCACCAAGCUGUUUAGCAGGCAGUCCAGUAAAGAGAUCACGGCAUUACACAGGAGGCCGAUCGUGAGGAAUCCCGUUCCUCCAGAGAAAGCAACUGUCACCUCAGAAGUUUAUCCAUCACCUCCCUUCUCAGGAAGCCUUCAGAAAAAGUCCAAGCUCUUCUCUCUCAAAAUGCCAUCCUUUAAAAAGAGCAAAGGAAUCCCGGCCCGCCCGUCCAAACCGGAUGUGAUACAGCUCGGUAGCGGUGGAGCUCUGGUUAUGUGGAAGCCAGUGCGAUGCGUUGAUCCUGUCACAUACUGCAUACAGUACAGCCUGAAAGGUGAAGAGUGGACAAAUUUGUCUGAGAAUGUUACAGAUAGUUGCUACAUUGCUAAUACACAACCUAUAGGACCCAGCUAUGUGUAUCGUGUAGCUUGCGUUACCAAAACUGGACCCGGACCUUUCAGUGAUCCUUCACCUCCUGCUCUUACGACGAUGCCAGCUGAAGACUCUUACAUUCCUCUGAACCUCACGGAAUCGACCGGAUCCGAGAUCACAGUGGUGGGAGAGCUCGGCUCAGAGAGGUCCUACACAUUCCUGUCUGAGAUCAACAGGGGCCGGUUUAGUGUGGUGACGCACUGUAAGGACAGCAGGAGCUUGCGGCCUCUGGCAGCUAAGCUGACUCCGUAUAGCCCCGAGCAGAGGCAGCUAGUGCUGAUGGAGUAUCAGGUGCUGCGCAGGCUGUGCCACCCGAAUCUUGUUCAGCUCCAUGCCGCCAUCCUUAUGCCCUCCUGCCUAGCACUCAUUGAGGAACUCUGCUCCGGACGAGAAGUCUUGUACAGCCUGGCUGAAAGGGACAUGUAUUCGGAGAUGCAUGUGUGUGAGCUGUUGAGGCAGCUCUUGAGAGGAGUGGAUUACUUGCAUGGACGCCGUAUAGUCCACCUCGACCUCCGCUCUGAUAACGUGCUAGUGACCGACAACAACGUGGUGAAGAUUGUGGACCUGGGCUCUGCGCAGCACUUCACUCCAGGCCAUGCCCUCAACAUUGAGCACAUCAAGGAGAUGACAGAAAGCAAAGUUUACAUUGUACUUCCUAAAGCUCCUGAGAUCUUGCAAGGUCAAGGUGUCGGUCCUGCCACGGAUAUCUGGGCUCUCGGAGUUCUGGCGUUCAUCAUGCUGAGUGCUGACAGGCCGUUCCACACAGAUCUCUACUGGGAAAGAGAUCACAACAUCAGGAAGGGGAAGAUCCAGUUCGGCCGCUGCUAUCCCGGCCUUUCUGAGGGAGCCAUCAACUUCCUGAGGAGCACGCUGAACAGCAAGGCCUGGGGAAGACCGUCGGCUGCAGAAUGUCUCCAGAACCCAUGGUUACAGGAAGAACGAGGAGAACCGUCCAAGCACACAGCCUCAAUGUUUUGCUUUUCCACUGAAAAACUGCAGGCCUUCCUGAAAGAGCGCGAGGCGAAACGUGACCGCACUCGCACCAAAAUCACACUGCCACUCAGCUAACUUUACAACUUUAAACAGACAAUAAGACUCCAGAGUUCCUGACAGAAGAAAAACAGCUAAAUAGAAGACAAAUAUUUUGCAUUUUAAUGUUGAAUAAAAAAUGGAAUUCUAAUGAGAAACAAAACAUCAGGCGUCAAACAAAAGCCACUCCAUCCUUAGCAUGACGUUAAGCGCUUAUUAAUCUAAUGCUAGCGUGACACUUCUUGCACUUGAUUGACCAUUGAAACAUUUUCAGUAAUUUAUUUGACUGAUUCAUAAUAAAUGGUGGCCACAUUAACACAAACGAUCAUAUAAAGUGUCAUAUAAACUUAUUUACUCUUUGUUUUCUGUAAACAGAUAAAACGGUGUAAGGGGGUGUAAUACGCCUCAUCACACAACACAGUGAGAGUUCACUCUGCAGUUCGUUUGCUAAUUUUGCGUUAGCUAAUUUAUCAUCUGUUUGUUUUUGUCAUCACGCUUGAAGAUUCAGGUGAAGAUUCAUAAAUAUUAAAUAUUAGAAUACUGAAAGAUUUGCUUAAUAGCUCACAUUUUAUUAAAAUUUAGAUCACUUGUGCUCGGCUCUCUAAACACGAGAAUAGAGAGAUUGGUUUUAUGAGAUGUUCGGCGUGAUAUAGAAAAGAAAAUCAAGACCUGGACAUUGCGAUGACUUAUUAUUGUGUGAAUGUAACUGCGUUAUUAAUGUCCCAUAUUAAUGAUAAUUAUGGCAACUUUGCAUGAUUUAUGCAUGAUUUUUUUUUUCAUCUUCUGUGAUUUGACACAAUGUGAUGCAUGAUAUUGUGUUUUCAUAUUUAAUUCCCAAGUGCUUGAAUUACUUAAUAUUUAUUUACUCUGUUGGACUUUUUGUUUAUUUCAGAUUUCAGAUACAUGCAUGCAUGACAAGUUGCUCUCUGGUUGUAAUUAAAGAAAUAAAGUUUACCUAACCGAAUAGACACUAAACGUGUGGCUAUUGUGCACAUUUCAACUACUGAUGUGUCGUUUGAGAAUGACUCGACUCUUUGAGUCGGAUCUUUUAUGAGAAAAGGUUUGUUUGGUAUUACAUACGCGCAAGUCCACUCGUUGUGCGUGUGGGUUUGUGUAAAACAUGUAACAUUAAUACAGAAAAGUUAAAAACUAUUGCAAAACAAAACAAAACAGCUCGUCAUAUUAUUACAAUUU